AUGUCAUACUACCAUUAUGACCCUUCUCUAGCAGCUGCUAUCAUUUUCAUCAUCCUUUUCACCGCAACCACGAUUCUCCAUUUCUUCCAGAUGAUCCAGACACGCACUUGGUUCUUUCUCGCCUUCUCCUUAGGUGGCAUCUUUGAAGUCAUUGGCUACAUAGGCAGAACAGUACCCGAGACCUUGGGAGCCUACGUCGUGCAAAGCAUCUUUCUUCUCGUCGCACCCGCACUUUUCGCCGCCUCGAUCUAUAUGGAGCUUGGGCGUAUCGUGGAUCUUGUGGAUGGCGACCACUAUCUAUAUGUACGAAGACGCUGGUUGACUCGCAUAUUUGUGAUAGGCGACGUCCUUUCAUUCUUCAUGCAGGGUGCUGGAGGCGGUAUGAUGGGCUCUGACGAUACCAAUUCCCGAAAACUUGGUGAAAAGCUUAUUGUAGUCGGGCUGUUUGUGCAAAUCGUCUUCUUUGGCUGUUUCGUCAUCACUGCCGCCAUGUUCCACUUACGUCUUUGCCGCAAUCCGACCCAGAAAGUCAUCGCCGAUAAGCCACCAUAUCUGCGUCACCUCAUGGCACUGUAUAUCACAAGCAUUCUCAUUUUUAUACGAUCGUUGGUGCGAGUCAUUGAGUUCAUCCAAGGCUUUGAUGGCUACAUUAUUAGCCAUGAGAUAUUUAUUUACAUCUUUGACGCGGUCCCUAUGUUAGCUGUCAUGCUGAUAAUGAACUGGAUCCACCCAAGCGAGAUCAAGAAGCUUUUAGUGGGAGGUAAAAUGGCCAAGGGCUUCACGAUAGUUGAGACAUCUGGAAGACGUCAACCUUCAGCUUAUGAUGUAGAGUUGGUUGGAUAA